CGUCAUACUGGAACGCCAUAUUUGAAAAACCGAUUUUACUCUGUUUUUGAGUAUGUCCCGUAGGCGGCUCAUCUUAUCCGUCACUGUGGUGUUAUCUGCCUGUCUUGUUGCUGUCACAUCCGACAGAGACAUAUCAGCCGUGUUGACUGGCUCGUCAGCGGUGGGACAUGAGGGCGGCUUCUACAACUUCACCUGCACAGUCAGAAAUGCCGCUGGUUUUACUGACGGUGUACAGUUCAAAAAAGGUGAAGGGUUCCUUAUGGCAACCUUAUAUCAAGUCGUCGCCAGCUGUACGAAACAGUACUCUUCAUAUAGGACCAGCGGAAUUCAAUGUGGAUUGGGAACAAACAAUGGAUCUGCUCAAACAAAGCGAUAUCACAUGUGGAUCAUUAAUCUGAAGAAAGCAGAUGUCACUCUCUGGUGGUGUCAUUUGCCUACCUUUGGAGUACGCAGCAAUAUUUUAGAUAUUACUGGCUUGAAGAUAAGAAUCAAUUGUUCGGGUGAAACCUCAGCUGGACAAACUACACAUUUGACUUGUAUGUUUACUGCUGAAGUCCAACCUACAAAAAUAGUUCUGUAUUCACCGAGUGGUCCAACACCAGAAAUAGCGUCCUGUGACAUAGCGUUUAGGGAAUGUCAUGUUGUCCGUUCGCACGGGAACUACAGUGCUGAGUUCACGGCUGAUAAUAAAAUCACUCUGACCAUACAUGCAUUCGACAGCGAGAGAGAUGCAGGGAUAUGGAAAUGUACUAGUGGAAUCAAAGGAGAUACAUGUUACAAGCCCAGCGUGGGUGUUGUUUCCUGCCUGCCGUCAAAUACAUCCAUCAUGUUGCAGUUUAUUGCCAUAUUCUGUACCAUGGUCAUCACCAAGAACUAUGCAUGUGGUGUCUGCUAGUUUGUCUGCUGGUUGUCUUCAGCUAGUAAAACAGCAUCCCUAGCGUGUCUGUCGAUUCUCCAGUAUCCAUGGAAGUCCACUGUUCCAACAAUUGCGGAAUCUCUUUGACACUUUACCCCAAGAAUUUUGUCUUCAUGUUAGUCCUGGUGACACAAGUCUGGCUACCACUCACAUACUCUACCAUAUAGUAAUAGUAAUUUUUAAAAACUGUAAUAGCUCAGUUGUGUGACACUGUCACACAUACUCUAUCGUAUAGUAAUUUAAAAAAGAAAUUAAUAGCUCUGUUGUGUUACAAUGUCGUGCAGAGUCUAUCAUAUGGCAAUAGUAGUUUUAAAAACAUCAUUAGCUCAGUUGUGUGACAUUGUCCCACAUACUUUAUCAUAUAGAAAUAGUACUUUUUUUUAAUGUAAUAGCUCAGUUCAAAUCAAAUGGGCAACGUUUUAAAUGUUUAGCCAAAAAUUAUUGGAGAACAGCUAAGGCUUUAGACAAAUUUGAACCCACGUGGUUAAUACUAAUUUGGUUAGUAUAACAAUCGUUGGACAGGUAAUGUCUAUGCCAAUUACAAACAUUUACUAAAUUAAUAUACUAUUUAUUUAUUUUAUAGUUAAAACAAAUAGAUACUGAUUUGGUUGUAGGUGAGGAUGUCUCAAUUUUGCUUUAGAAAAUAUAUUUUAACAUUAGUAAUAGUAUUAUCAAUAACUUAAAUAAAUGGGUAUAUGGCAUUGUCUAGUUAAUGACAAAUGCGAGAAAGCUGUACAAAUUAGUUUGGGAAUUAUGAUAAGAGGUUGACGAUAUGUUUUCGCUAAAUUAUUUACUAGAACCUGUUUACAAAUCGAAGGAGAACAUAAAUUAAACUGUACAUAAUCUGUCAUGUUAUGUGAGGGUGGCAAUUUGUUUUGUAAAUCCUCAUCCAAAACGUAUGGUAAUGAUAAGACUUUUAUUUAAUCUCCGAAGACAUAAUAAAUCUAUCUAAAAAUAUAUAUACUGAGGAACAAAACAAAUGUUACACCAGUAAAUUAGUGAAAUAUUUUAAUAAUUUUUAAUGAAAAAGAUAUUUAUUACUUUUUUUCUUAUCUACAUACUAUAGGCAUGGCAACCACGAUUCACAAACAAUAGAGGCAGCGCUAACUAGGAAAGAUGCACACGUGGGUUUUGUGACAUUUACCGUGCACGUGCAUCCGAUUUUAAUCGCCAUUUCGGUAGAAAUGUUUGUUAGGAUACCUUCAAACCAAAAGGCAUCCAAUUCCAUUUCGGAGAAACCGUACAACUAUGCCGCGUCUUGACAACAGUACCAGGGAACGAGCAAUUGGUAUGCUGCAGGCUGUUGCAAUGCAGGGAACGAGCAAUUGGUAUAUUGCAGGCUGGUGCAACGCAGGUAGACGUUGCCCGACAGUAUCACGUGGCGAGGAUCACCAUUUCCAGGCUAUUACAGCCAUAUUUGACGACCAACACUACUACUGACCGACCAAGAUCAGAUAGACCUAGGGUAACCACGCCGAGACAUGACAGAUUCAUCCGGUUAUGUCGUAUUAAUAAUCGGUUCAAGACGCCUUCACAUACUGCAUCUGUGAUCCCUGGUCUGCGCAGGAUUUCUCUUAUAACUGUACGUAGUCGUUUGUAUGAAGCAGGCCUAUGCGCAAGAAGACCCUACCGAGGACCUAUCCUGACUCAACGUCACCGCCAACAACGUCUGGAGUGGUCGCGACGUCACCUGUGAUGGAGGAUUUGUGACAGGCGACUCUCGGUUUACUAUACGUCAUGCUGGCGGCCGAGUCUGAGUGUAUCGCAAAUGUGGUGAGAGGUACUCGGACCCUUGUGUCUUGCGUCACGGUCGUUUUGAGGGUGGAAGCGUUAUGGUAUGGGAUGGGAUUACAAGAAACGGUCGCACAGAACUCGUGUUCGUUAAUGGAACACUAAACGCUCCGCGCUAUCGAGAACAAAUCCUCAUUUCACACGUGUUACCUUUUAUGGCAGCCAUUGCAGCAGGAUAAUGCUCACGCCCACGUCGCAAACAUCAACAUCGACAUUCUCCAUCAACAGAAUGUGAAUGUCUUACCGUGGCCGGCUCUCUCACUCGAUCUCUUCCCAAUAGAGCAUAUGUGGGACCAGUUAGGCAGACAAGUGAGGAGAAGACGUCAGCAACCAGAAACUUACGAACGCUUUGCGGCAGGAGUGGCAGCAUAUCCCCAUGGAAAGGAUCAACCGCCUAAUAGCGUCUAUGCGUCGCCGAUGCCAGGCUGUAUUCACCAACAGGGGAUCAUUCACCCGUUAUUGACUUUGUGAACUUGUGGUUUUGCUGAAACAAUUAUGGUAACGUCUCUACGCGCUAAUGUGAUAAGCGACUAACUUGCAUUGUCGUCCCCAAUUGACUCAACAAUGUUUCUUGCGACAUCAUUUUAUUUUAUAAUAAUGAAUUGAAAUAAAUUAAAUCUAUAUUAUAAUAUACACGUGUAACGUUUCUUUUGUCCCUCAGUAUAUAUUAAUGACUUCUUGGUAUGAUUCAACAUGAUAAAAUUAUCAACCAUUCAAUGUCGUUAAUAUGGGCCUGUUAGAUGGGUAGAUAUUUUUAGAUUUUUAAAAUAAACACAAUCCACUUAUUAAAGUCAAAAUGAUUUGCUGAUGUUUAUCUCAGAAAUACUUUAUUAAAUGUUUCAAUCUUUCUUUUCUGACACAGCUUUGAUAUAGUAUAUCAAUAUCCGUGUUCACAUCAGUAUUGUAGAGAAAGCAGUUUAUAGUAGUCCCAUGUCAGUAUUGUAGUGAAAGCAGUAUAUAGUAGUCCGAUGUCAGUAUUGUAGAGAAAGCAGUAUAUAGCAGUCCCAUUUCGGUAUUGUAGAGAAAGCAGUAUAUAGCAGUCCCAUGUCAGUAUUGUGGAGGAAGCAGUAUAUAGCAGUCCCAUGUCAGUAUUGUGGAGGAAGCAGUAUAUAGUAGUCCCAUGUCAAUAUUGUGAAGAAAACUGUAUAUAGUAGUCCCAUGUCAAUAUUGUGAAGAAAACUGUAUAUGGUAGUCCCAUGUCAGUAUUGUAGACAAAGCAGUAUAUAGCAGUCCCAUGUCGGUAUUGUACAGAAAGCAGUAUAUAGUAGUCCAAUGUCAGUAUUGUGUAGAAAGCAGUAUAUAGUAGUCCCAUGUCAGUAUUGUAGAGAAAUCAGUAUAUAGUGAUCCCAUGUCGGUAUUGUGGAGAAAGCAGUAUAUAGGAGUUCCAUAUCGGUAUUGUGGAGAAAUUAAUAUAUAGUAGUCCGAUGGCAGUAUCGUGGAGAAAGCAGUAUAUAGUAGUCCCAUUUCAGUAUUGUGGAUAAGCAGUAUAUAGGAGUCCCAUGUCAGUAUUUUAGAGAAAGCAGUAUACAGUAGUCCAUAUCGGUAUUCUGUAGAAAGCAGUAUAUAGAAGUCCCAUGUCAGUAUUGUAGAGAAAGCAAUAUAUAGUAAUCCCAUGUCGGUAUUGUGGAGAAAGCAGUAUACAGGAGUCCCAUGUCGGUAUUGUGGAGAAAUUAAUAUAUAGUAGUCCCAUUUCAGUAUUGUGGAUAGAGCAGUAAAAAGGAGUCCCAUGUUAGUAUUUUAGAGAAAGCAGUAUAUAGUAGUCCAUAUCGGUAUUGUGGAGAAAGCAGUAUAUAGUAGUCCCAUGUCAGUAUUGUAGAGAAAGCUGUAUAUAGUAGUCCGAUGUCUGUAUUGUAGAGAAAGCCGUAUAUAGUAGUCCGAUGUCUGUAUUGUUGAAGAAGCAGUAUAUAGUAGUCCCAUUUCAGUAUUGUGGAGAAA